CAUCUCUCAUCAACCUCUAUUCCCUCUUCACUAUACUCUUAUACUAUCAUAGCCUCAAUAUCCUUACACACAGUUACACUUGACACCGUCACCAUGGUUCUAUCUCAGCCGGCCAACCAACAUGUCAUGAAGGCGUUUGACCUGUCCGGAAAGGUCGCCGUCGUCACUGGAGGAGCUCGCGGCAUCGGCCUUGAAGUCUCGCGAGGUCUAGCCGAAGCUGGCGCAAAUGUCGCCCUGAUCUACAAUUCCUCCUCCAACGCCAACGAUCUCGCUGCCGAGAUUGCCUCCGCGAACAACGUCACAGCUCGCGCCUACAAAGCGAACGUAACAAGCCAGAGCGAGAUCGAGUCGACAAUUCAGCAGAUCAAGACCGACUUUGGGAAACUCGACGUCAUCGUCGUGAACUCCGGUAUCACAGAGACCGUUCCGGCUGAGGACUACACUGUUGAGCAGUGGCGGAAGAUUAUGGAUGUCAAUCUAGACGGCGCGUUUUACUCGGCUCAGGCUGCGGCGAAGAUUUUCAAGGAACAGGGGAAGGGGAAUAUCAUCUUUACGGCUUCUGUUAGCGCGACGCUCGUCAAUGUUCCUCAGAAACAGGCGGCUUACAACGCCUCGAAAGCGGCGGUCGUCCAGCUUGCCAAAUGUCUGUCCGUUGAAUGGGUCGAUUUCUGCCGCGUCAACUGCAUCUCGCCUGGGUUCAUCGCAACGGACAUCCUCGACAUCCAUCCUCAAGAGUGGCGAGAGAAGUGGUACAGCAUGAUUCCUGCUCGGCGGAUGGCGGAAACCUACGAGCUCAAGGGUGCUUACGUCUUCUGUGCCUCCGACGCCUCGAGUUACAUGACUGGAGCUGACAUCGUUAUUGACGGUGGAUACACUCUCCCUUAAAAGGUGCACUGACAAUCAGAUUGCGGUGUCUCACUUAAUUUAGGAUAACUUGCUUUACGCUAGCUUUGCUGACUAGCUUCAGACUUAAUCUAACAUCACUAUCCCAC